CCUCCCCCGAUCGUCGGCCAUCCCCCCCUCCCCUCCUCUUCUUCUUCCCUCCUUUUUUCCCUUCUUCUCACCCCCACACCCCCCUCUUCCCCCCUCGGUCGCAUUGCUCGAUUCCGUUCAAUUUCCCCUCGGUUUCCAUCGUCCGGGGACACCUCACCAUGGACGGGGACGAUGUCAUCGCCACGGUCUACCGCAAGAUCGAGCGGGAAAAGGCCCUCAUCACCGCCGCGUCGAACAUCCGACAGUCGACGGAUAAUCGCCAGGUGCAGCAGCAAGCCGAUGCGAACAUCCGCGAUGGCCGGAAAAACAUUGCUUACCUGGAGGAGAAGAUGCGGGAGCUGCAGCUCCGUCGCGAUGGAGGUGGCUCCCCCACCGAUAAGCGACUCCCGCCCAACCCUGAGGCUGGUCCCAUGACCCCUCAGAAGGACUACCCCCAGGGUUAUGCUGGUAACGAGGAGUAUGGCGAUGCCUCCGGGCCCUACCCGCACGGAGGCGCUGGUUCCAUGCCGUCAGGGGCCCCAUACGCAGACCCCCGGCCGUUCGCUCCCGUGCCCAAGGCCCGGCCCAAUUAUACAAAGCUGGACUUGAUUAAAUAUGAUACUCCCUAUCUCGGACCCAAGAUCCAGCUCAUGCUGUCACAGCUCGAAUUCAAGCUGAGCGUGGAGAAGCAGUACAAGGCUGGUAUCGAGAAGAUGGUUCGCUUAUAUCAGGAUGAGGGGGAUAGGAGGAGCCGGACAGACGCCGAGGGUCGCCGCAUUGAGAGUAACCAGAAGAUUCAGUUGCUGAAGCAGGCCCUCAAGAGAUAUGAAGAUCUGCAUGUCGACAUUGAGUCAACGGAUAGCCCUGAUGAUGAGAGUCUAAGUACACCCAACUUGCGAAAGCCCUUGACCGGUCUCUUAACAUUCCGGAUCCACGCCGUCAAGGACGUAGAUCACGCUGCUAGCUCGAGGUUUUCCCGAGGCCCCGAAACGUUCAUAGUGCUCAAGGUGGAGGAUAGCAUCAAAGCUAGGACGAAAGCGACGCGGAUCGACAGGUGGCAGGACGAAACCUUUACCAUCGACAUCGACAAAGCGAACGAGAUUGAGCUUACGGUGUACGACAAAGCUGGAGACCGGCCAACUCCCAUUGGUAUGCUCUGGGUGCGCAUCUCCGAUAUCGCCGAAGAGAUGCGUCGGAAAAAGAUCGAGAGUGAGUUCAACGCAUCGGGCUGGGUGUCUGCAGACAAGAUGGAGCAUGGAGGCGCAUCUGGACGGCCGGAUACCGCUGGGGCGCCGGGUUCGUCUCACCCGCCAGGACCUGGGGGCGCUGGUGCGGCGCCGGGCCAAGGCUACGGUGAUGCUACUGCUGGCGCGCCUUCCGGAGGGCAGGUGAUGAUCGAUUCGUGGUUCGCGCUGGAACCAGUGGGCCGAAUCUACCUGUCAAUGAGCUUCGCCAAGCAAUUGAAGGACCGACGGCCGUUCGACAUCGGUCUCAACCGUCAGGGUGCGGUUCGACAGAAGAAGGAGGAGGUUCACGAGAAGCAGGGCCACAAGUUUGUCACUCAGCAGUUCUACAACAUCAUGCGCUGUGCCCUCUGCGGCGAUUUCCUCAAGUACGCUGCCGGGAUGCAGUGCGCCGACUGCAAAUACACUUGCCACAAGAAGUGCUACCCCAAGGUCGUGACCAAGUGUAUCAGCAAGGCAAACUACGAGACCGAUCCGGACGAGGAAAAGAUCAACCACCGCAUCCCGCAUCGUUUCGAAGGUUUCUCCAACAUCUCUGCCAACUGGUGUUGUCACUGUGGUUAUUUGCUUCCCUUUGGGCGCAAGAACGCAAAGCGAUGCUCCGAAUGUGGUCUCACUUGCCACGCGCAUUGUACUCAUCUGGUGCCUGAUUUCUGUGGUAUGUCCAUGGAGGCAGCCAACCAGAUCUUGGAAACCUUGAUUCGCACCAAGAACCACAACAAGACCGCAUCCGUUAGUUCUGGUCUCAGUGGCCGCACGCUUCGACCCAGCGGCCCUCCUCAGGGCUCCCAGGACCCCGCCGCCAUGGCCUACCCACAAAAGCCUGUCGAGAGCCCCUACGGAGCACCCCCGCGACAGCCUUCCGCUGAAGCAGUGAGCGCCGCAAACAACUCAUACCCGCCUCCGCAGUCCCCAACAUCGGCUGCCAGGCAACAAUUGCCCCCGAGAACGUCGUCGUCGUCGACUGCGGUCGCCGCUGCGGCUGCGGCGACAGGGGUGCCCUCGCCCCAGCAGAUGCCAGUCGAGCAGAAUCGCCCGGGGCAACCGCAGCUGCCUAUCUACGACCCGAAAGCUUACGAGCCAUACUCCAAUGCCCCGCAGGGUAUUCCGCCUCAGGCAAUGCAGCCGGCGGCUCCAGCCGCAUAUGGCAUGCCUCCUCCGCAACAGCCUAUGCAGAUGGUCCCACAGAAGCAGCCUGAGGCCCCUCAGCAGCCGAAGGUCCGGAUUGGAUUGGAUCACUUCAAUUUCCUGGCGGUUCUGGGUAAGGGUAACUUUGGAAAGGUCAUGCUGGCGGAAACCAAGAGCACCAAGAAAUUGUACGCCAUCAAGGUGUUGAAGAAGGAGUUCAUCAUUGAGAAUGAUGAAGUCGAAAGUACCAAGUCCGAGAAGCGAGUCUUCAUGAUCGCGAACAAGGAGCGCCACCCCUUCCUGCUGAACCUUCACGCCUGUUUCCAGACCGAAACCCGUGUUUACUUUGUCAUGGAAUACAUCAGCGGUGGUGAUCUGAUGUUGCACAUCCAGCGUGGCCAGUUUGGUCUCAAGCGGGCACAGUUCUACGCUGCGGAGGUUCUCCUGGCCCUCAAGUACUUCCACGAGAACGGAGUCAUUUACCGUGAUUUGAAGCUCGACAACAUCAUGCUGACCCUGGACGGCCACAUCAAGGUUGCCGAUUACGGUCUUUGCAAGGAGAACAUGUGGUAUGGCGCUACGACAAGCACAUUCUGUGGUACCCCGGAAUUCAUGGCACCAGAGAUUCUACUGGAUAAGAGAUACGGCCGGGCCGUCGAUUGGUGGGCCUUUGGUGUCCUCAUCUAUCAGAUGCUUCUUCAGCAGUCUCCUUUCCGCGGUGAAGAUGAGGAUGAAAUUUACGAUGCCAUUCUUGCAGAUGAGCCGCUGUACCCCAUCCACAUGCCCCGCGAUUCGGUCUCCAUCCUCCAGAAGCUCCUGACGCGUGAGCCGGAACUGCGUCUUGGCUCGGGUCCUACCGAUGCUCAAGAAGUCAUGUCCCAUGCGUUCUUCCGGAACAUCAACUGGGAUGAUAUCUACCACAAGCGGGUUCCCCCGCCUUUCAUGCCGAGCAUCAGCAGCCCUACCGAUACCAGCAACUUCGACCAGGAGUUCACUAGCGUGACUCCGGUGCUGACGCCCGUGCAAUCCGUUCUCUCCCAGGCGAUGCAGGAAGAGUUCCGCGGCUUCUCGUACACGGCCGACUUUGCAUAAACGCGCCAUCUCGAACGUUGUCUAGUCUUUGCGUUGAUUGCUCGUUUACCUUAUGUCAAGCUUGGCACUGUUUCUCGAACUUCUUGAUGUUGCCGGUUGCUCGGCACUUUUGCGCUGGAAAGAUUCCCACAUACCCAUGAGAGUUUUGAGAGCUGGUGUAAGCGCUACGAUGGCUUUGUGCAUGCAGCUGGAGAGCGGCUUGAACGGGGAGUAUUUUUCUCUUAUAUGUCUUCAGCAUCUUAGGCUGUUUUUAAUUCCUUUUCUUUGCGGGCGAGUUCCCGUGCCUGGAAUGUAAUCCUGCUUCAGCGUUUCUCUCGACUCACUGUUUAAUGCUGUAUGACUGAAUGGAAGACGCGGAACUGACGACUGGAUGACUGCAUCAAGAAUAGAAUAGAAUGUAGACGGCACAAUCCAUAUAUUAGAC